AUGAGUGCUGGAGCUGAUGAGGCUGAUCGACAACAGAGACAAACUCAAGGCCUUGUCACGACUACCAACGUACCUACAACAGACGAUGCUACCGCCACCUGUGUGAUUUGCUGCGAUCCCAUCUCUGACCCCUCCGAGACCCAACCGUGCAAGCAUCGCCACUUCGACUACCUCUGCAUUGCAACAUGGCUCUUCAAAGAUCCCAGGUGCCCUGUCUGCAGAGCACCUGUCUCUAGUCUCAUCCGCGAUUCCACCCAAGAAAUCCUCUCCAACUUUGGCGAUGCAAAGUUUCCCCUCCACGUGUCUCCGCCAUCAACACACCCCGUCUCAACCAGCAGAUGGGGUCGUAAUCCAACAUCCAACGCCUCCAGGCGCCCGUACGCCCGCUCGUCAGGUGCUUGGGGGCGCUCCCCUCUUCGCUCUCGAAACGACUUCGAUCGCGCGCUCAGUCGCAGACAGGCUGUUUAUGCACACGGCCGAUUUUCAAAGCACGUCGGCUCCAACCGAUUAUCCCGAUACCGCGAACUCACCCCCCGGUUGUUCUGUGAAGACGAAGAGCUGGUAUCACGGGCGAGGAUGUGGAUCAGGCGGGAGCUUCAGGUCUUCCCCUUCCUCAGGGCACAAUCAACCGCUAGCCUGCAGGACCUCGACAUGAGCGACCGUCUAUCGUCUACGUCGUCUGCUGGCCAAAACCGACCGUCCGAUCGCCAAGAUGGAGAGGCCACCCGGAGGCGCAGAGCCCAAAAUGCCGAGUUCCUGCUCGAGUACAUCAUUGCGAUUCUAAAAUCCGUGGAUAUGAUGGGCAGUGCGGGAGAGGCUGAGAACAUGAUAUCCGACUUUCUCGGCCGUGAUAAUACCAAGUUGUUUCUACAUGAAUUGCGCGCGUGGCUCAGAAGCCCAUACACCAAGCUCGAGGACUGGGACAGGGCUAUCACCAACAUGGCCAAGAUCAACGUCAAAGUCAUCUCAGACUCGGUCUGCCCCUUCUGCUACCUGGGCAAGACGCGCCUCGACCGCGCCAUCGCCCAGCACCAGGCCGCCUCGCCCGCCGACACCGUCUCCGUCUCCUGGCAGGCCUUCUACCUCAACCCCAACGCGCCCACAAAGUCCCUGCCCCUCAACGAGUACCUCGCCAGCCGCUUCGGGCCCGACCGCAUCGGCCCCAUGCACAGCCACAUGAAGGCCCUGGGCGCGCAGGAGGGCAUCGACUUCACCUUCAAGAGCCGCACGGGGAACACGCGCGACUCCCACCGCCUCGUCAAGUUCGGCAAGGCCAAGGACGCCGAGCACAAGGUCGUCGGGGAGAUCAUGAAGAUGUACUUUGAGCAAGGGGGGGACAUCACCUCGCACGCCGACCUGGUCGCGGCGGCCGAGCGCGCGGGGCUGGACGGCGCCGAGGCUAAGGCCUGGCUGGACGAGGGCAAGGGCGGCAAGGAGGUGGACGAGGAGGUGAGCAAGGCGUACGACAUGGGCAUCCACGGCGUGCCCAAGUUCAUCGUCAACGGCAAGUACCAGAUUGACGGCGCCCAGGAGUUCUCUGUCUUUGCCGACACGCUGCGAAAGGCUGCAGCCCAAUGA